AUGGCAUCAAGCAAGUCGGAUUUCGAGUCUUUGCAGCUCGUGAGCGAGAAUAUUUAUCUGUAUGAGCCCCAGGAAAGUGUAGAGGGUCAGCUUGCAGGCGACGGGAGUUCGGCGCCUUCAAUAAUCAUCAUCUGCACCUGGAAUGGCGGUGCAACGCCGCGACGAAUCAAUAAAUACAUCGCUCAAUACCGCCAAAUAUACCCGGGAACAAUCAUCCUUGUUAUUACAACAACUGUUCCCAACACAGCCUUCUGGCCUCUGCGCGUGGUGCGUUCGCGCCUGCAACCAACCUGUGAGGUCAUUCAACGGAUACUCGCAAAAUCAACCAACCCCAAGGUUUUGCUCCAUUUAUUUUCCCAUGGUGGUGGCAGCAUGGCUGCUCAACUGGCAUUGUCCAUGCAAGAAGGUGCCGACAAAGGCGCACUAUUCCUCUCCAGUCUGCGCGGUGUGAUCUUCGACUGCUGCCCUGGACACGAUAGCUUCCAGCAGACAUAUGGAGCUGCCAAACUAUCGAUGGGAACAGAUGUGCUAUCUCAAAUUUUCACAAAGACAAUGCUCUACCCAUCCAUUGCUGUGAUAAGCAAGCUCCAGAGCUCGGGUGUGCUGCGCUCCGUGCAAGACAUACGUGGAGUGCUGCAUGAUCCAUCGACAUUUGGAGCUCAAGUGAGGAGACUGUAUAUCUAUACGAAGGAGGAUACCAUGGUUGGAUGGGCGGAUGUACAGAAGCAUAUUGAGGAGGCCCGAAGUCGUGGCUACCCUGUCGAUCAGGUUCUCUUUGAGCAUGGCACCCACUGCAGUUUGAUAAUGGAGGAUUCGACGCGGUACUGGUCAGCUGUACAGAGGUUCUGGAACGGUGAACACGCUGCAGACCCUGGUUUGUCCAAUGUCGAUGAAGUCAAGGUUCGCAGUCGCCUGUGA